AUGGUCAUAACCGACGAUCCCUCCCAGCUGGAGGUCGCUGAUCUUGCGGAGCUCUUAGCAGAGGAUUCUGGUGUCAAGGUCGCUGGCAUUGACAUUGAUGGGCAACUGCGUGGAAAGCUGAUGUCCAAGAAGAAGUUCCUGUCCAUCGUGGAAUCCGGGUUUGGUUUCUGUUCGGUCAUCUUCGGCUGGGACAUGCAUGACAAGACUUACUUCAAAGAGCUCAAGAUCAGCAAUAAAGAGAAUGGAUAUCGGGACAUGGUGGCCGAGGUAGAUUUGAGCACAUUCCGUCGCAUACCCUGGGAGAACAACGUCCCGCUGUUCUUGUGUAGUUUCCGCGAGCCGGACGGGACGAGUUUGAGCGCAUGUCCGCGGAGUCUGCUCGACCGCGCUGUCGAGAAGAUCGCGUCGAGAGGCUGGGGUGCAUUGGCUGGAGCUGAAUAUGAAUUCUACACCUUUCGAACACCGUCCUCGAAGCCGCACAAUUCAUCUGAGCAGAACUCCAGCACAACUGCCACUUUCCUACAGAGAAAUCCUGUCAACGACCUUCCUCAUCUUGAAGAAGGAAUGUUCGGCUAUUCACUUACGCGACCCGUACACAACCAGGAUUGGUACUACAAGAUUUUCAACACGUGUAUCGAGAUGCGGUGUAACAUCGAAGGUUGGCACACCGAGUCCGGACCGGGUGUAUACGAGGCCGCCCUGGAGUACGGAGAGAUCAGAGAAAUGUCCGACCGCGCCGCGCUUUUCAAAUACAUCACCAAGAGUGUGUCUUCCAACUACGGCAUCACUCCAUGUUUCAUGGCCAAGCCGAGAGAAGGUCUUCCGGGUAAUUCAGGGCAUGUUCAUGUUUCCUUGAAGGAUAACAAAACCGGCGCGAAUUUGUUUGCCCGGGACUCGCCUGACAAGGACGCACCAUAUCCCGACGCUACGCAUCUGUCAGAGGUAGGCCGCCAAUUUCUUGCAGGUUUGUUGACAGGACUUCCGGACGUCAUGCCUAUUUUGGCUCCAACAAUCAAUAGCUACAAACGCCUUGUAGAGAAUUUCUGGGCGCCGGUGACCGUAUCUUGGGGUCUUGAGCACCGUGCAGCCUCGAUUCGAUUGAUCGCACCACCGACGUCCUCCCCGAAAGCCACGCGUUUCGAGGUCCGCGUGCCUGGUGCGGACACCAACUCACAUCUAGUCAUGGCCGCCAUACUAGCUUUGGGAUACUGGGGCAUCGAGAAGAAGCUGGAAAUCCCUAUUCCGCCAUUGGGCAAGGGUGAGGAUGUCGGGAAUGAAGCCGAUGCUGGGGAGCGGCUUGCAAAGAAUCUGAAGGAAGCAGUAGAGAGGUUUGCGCGCAAGGGUAGCGUAGCAAGAGAAGUCUUUGGCGACGAUUUUGUUGAACACUUCAAGGGUACGAGGGAGCAUGAAUGCCGGCUUUGGGACGAGGCCGUCACUGAUUGGGAAGUGAGAAGAUAUAUCGAGACUGUUUGA